CAGGGCUGGGUCUCGGUCACCUCGGUCCCCACCCAGGGGCGCCGCUAGCGUCCCCGCAGCCCGCUAGGGUCGCGGCGCACGGGGCGGGCGCGCGGUCUGCGGUUGUUGGCCUGACGCGGGCGGGCUUGUUGCAGCUUCACGUUCCUUCCUGUCUCGGAAGGAGAAGCAGAGCUUUGUUUUGCUUUUCGGUUUCUUUCUGGCUCGUCUUCCGCGCCUUACACCGCCUCCGCCCCUGCGACCCGGCGGCAUUGCAUUGCGCUCCUCCCUCGAGCUGCCCAGGCCUGGGUGAACACCGCGGCCCGCAGCAUCUCGGAAGCACUUUGCAUUUGUGGUACUUUGAGUGCCUUCCUAGAAAAACGAAAAAGCAGGAUCAAAGGCGUGAACAUACACCUUGUGGGAGAGACUAAAAGGUAAAAUUGUAUUUACAGAUUUGUGACAUUCAAAACCACAGACUACAACAGUACUACUGCUAAAUCAGAUCAACUAUGAAUUGGAAUGCAAAGCCAGAGAAUGCUACCCAAAACCCACCACCGUAUUCUAAAAACCAGUCAUCUGUUUUGCAGCAGUUUUUAAUGCCUUCUACAACUUCUCAAAGUUCUUUUAGCUGUCUUGCACAGAACCAAGAAGCAUGCAUGUAUCCCAGUAAUUCAAAUUCAGCUUCACAGCCACUUCUGAAUGUCAGGAGUUAUGUAGCUCCUCAGAUCUCCAAUAUGCAUAAUAGGACUGUUGUGGCCUCACAGACUUCAGUAGAAAGAGUCACGUACCCAAAUGUUAAAGGAGCCCAACAACCAAACCACAAUUUGCAAACAGUGUCUUCAGGAGUUAUGCAAAAUGUCUGGAUGAACUCACCAAUGAGGAAUUUUAUGCCUUCUCAUACAGAGGCAACUGUAUCCCAUAAACCUGAUGGUGGGACUAAUAUGCCUUAUAUGCAUGCACCACAGAGUCAGCUUGUCACAUCCGAUACCUAUUCUGUGCAACUACAAAUGACUCCUUCAAAUUCUGUAAGAGUUCCUAUAACUUAUCAAGGAAAUUAUCAAGGAAAUCAGGGACUUAACCACUCAAUACCAGAUCAGCUGGUUGACUGGACACAGUGCACAUCUAAUGAUCUCACUUACCCAGAUUACAGGACACCUACAAAGCAGUAUCCUUAUUUACCACAAAACUUUGUGCAAGACCCUUCUGUUCAGAAACAAAACUUUGUGCCAUCUACAUCAUUACAAGUUAAAAAUAAUCAGCUUCCACCUUCCACACAGUCAUUACAGUCAAAGCAUCCUGUACCUGUGUCGUCAUAUCAGUAUGCUGCAGAAGCCAGCAAAAGACUCCCUGCCCGGCCUUACAGCUGUAGAUAUGGAAGCCAACAAGUGCAAAAUUCUCAGCAUGUUUCUAGACACUUGCCUCUGGAAGUUCCUCAGAGUUCAGAAAUACAUUCAUCUGAAAAAAAGAAAGAUACUUACAAAGGCUUUCAACAGCAGUGGCAGAACACUAAUAAAAACGUCAGCACCAUUGGAAAAUUCUGUGAGUUGAAAAUAAAUACCAAACAGUCUUACAGUGACUCUGUUAGUUCUUCUGGGGAUGGUCUUCACACUCUUGUUCAAAAUAAUCAAGAGGAAAGAAAGUAUUCCUGCAAUCCAAGUACAAAUCAAGUAAUAGACACAAAUGCCACAAAAGAAAAGCUGGUGAGGGAUAUUAAAUCACUAGUAGAAAUCAAAAAGAAGUUUUCAGAACUUGCAAGAAAAAUUAAAAUUAAUAAAGAUCUUUUGAUGGCAGCUGGUUGUAGUAAAAAAGCCAAUAAUUCUUAUACUGAACCAACUCAGCACCCUCAAUUUUCAGCAAAAGAAGUGUCUGCUAAAAGUGAUGGUCACUGCUCCAUGGAAUUGCUAGCAACAUGUCUUUCGCUUUGGAAAAACCAGCCUCCAAAAAACACAGAACAUGUUCCAAAACCUUUAGAAGAAAAACAGUAUAAUGCAUCAAGAACCAGUACAAUAGCAGUUGGCAGUUCAAAUCCCACAAAUGAAGUUCAUGUUAAGAAUUUUUAUUCAGGUGUUAGAAAUUCUCAGAAAAUGACCAGCUCGUCACAAACAGUCAUGUCCGUUCUCACACCGAGUUACGAGUCUUCGGAUGUAGCUGUUGGAAAAGGAACAGAGCUUCAAAUUGCUGUGGUGUCGCCCUUAAUUCUUUCGAAUAUCAAUGCCUUACCUGGAAAAGCGUUAGCACCUGAGGUUGUACCUGAAACUGUGUAUCCAGUUGUUAAGGAAGGCAGUGUUUGUAGCUUACAAAACCAGCAGCCAGAAAAUACAACAGUAACUGCGGCUUUCCCCUUUGAUGUUACAGGAGCAGUAGCAAGUACUACUAUAUCAGCUGAGCCUUCCAUGCCCAUGCCUAAUGAAAAACAGCACAAACCAACACAGGAUGAUCUAGACAUAGCUGAUAGCAGCCUAGGAAAACACUCUCCCCUGGGCGCUGAAGCUCUGCCUAACCCUAGUGACAGCACCAUUGUGAGUGGACCUGUGUUACAGAUUGAAAGUAUCUGUUCUCUUGCAGAAGGUGAUGUGUCCUACAAUUCCCAGAUAGCAGAGAUAUUCAACUCUGUACAAAAUGAGCCCCAGAAACCUUCACCUAGUCAGCAGGUAAUCAAUAGUCAACAAGAAGAACAAGCAGGUGACACCACUGGAAGUAAAGACUUGGGUUUUCAGGAAGACAAGUGUGUGCAGUGUACAGAUGUUCCUCAUGAAGUCACUGAGCAGCCAGAGCUGCUGCAGCCUGUAGAGCCAGCAUCUAGUGAGUAUGUUAGAGCACACAGAGAAAGUCUAGAGGAAAGCAGUAAGGAGAACAUUGGUGGAAAAGAAACAGCUAAGGAUGUGUGUUCACCAGCUGCUGUUCAGCAAGAUCCUCACCCUCAGGAAACUGAUAUGGUCAGCAAUAAGUCAGGCCACAGUCUUCCUGAAAUAAAUGAGAUUAAUGAUGAAAAUGAAUCUGUCUCAUACCUACAUGACCAGCUGUCAGAACUUCUAAAAGAGUUCCCUUAUGGCAUUGAAACUAUGACCAGACAUGAAGUUUCUGUGGGCCAACAAAAGACAAAUAAAAUCUCAGAAAAUCAGACUGGUAGUAAAAUUGGUAAUAUGCCUGGGGAUAGCACAGACCAAAUAAAAAUUACAGUAUUAAACUCAGAACAAAUCAAAGAAUUAUUUCCUGAAGAGGAUCAGCUCUGUGACUUAGACAAAUUGGCAGAACCUGAGAAUAGAAAAGUCCGUGCAGAAGUAAAGAGCCUGUGUGACUCACAGGUCCCCAGAGAAGAAAGUCAUGACCCUGGAAUGUUGGACCUGGAGAAGGACAAAAUCCAUUGCUGUGCCCUGGGUUGGCUCUCAAUGGUUUAUGAAGGUGUGCCUCAGUGUCAUUGCAGAUCUACAGAAGAGAAAGAGAAAGACCAGUGUUCUUUGGAGAUCGACAGUUGCAAACAAGGAGAGCAGUCCUGCAAUAGUGGAAUCACUAUUUUUGAAAUUAAUCCUAUUUCUGAUAACUCAAAAACUCCUCUGAUCCAAGCAGCUGAGAAAGGCCAUUUUUCUGAAAUACAUGGUGAAAAGAUAAAAACAUCAAAAACAAAAGACAGCAGUUCAUCAAGGGUGGAGCAGGAAUUAACUGGUCAUUUUUCAGUUAAGUGUUAUAAGAAAGAUAAAGAUGAAUCUAAAACAAAACAAGAUAGCUCACUGAAAAUGGAGCAAAAAGUAAAAAAUGUUUCAUCUGAAUGUGACAGACCAAAUCCCUUAAAAAGCAAUAAAAUAGCAACCCCUGAAAUAUCUCAUGUGAUAACUUCCAACUCUGAUAAAAAUAUGCUGGCAUUUUCUAAACAAGCUUCUCAGGAAAGCCUACAGAAAAAACACGUAUCUCAAGACUCAGGUCCAGGAAAAGCACAUGUAGGACUUUUGCCAAAUAAAGAUCCAUGCAAAAGGAAUAGCAUUUUGGUACAGUCAGUGUCACCAGAAAAGAAAAAAAUAAAAUUCAAAGCGGGUGGCUCCAGACUGAAAUAUUUUGAAAAAAGAAAAACAGACCAUGUGCUUAUCCCAGAUGUAGAAAUAAAAAAGAAGAAAUAUGAAAAACAAGAGCAAAACAAAAACACUGGAGACACACUCAAACUGUGCAGCACUCUGACAGAACCAAACGAAAGCACCAGUACUAAAGAAAAGACAGUGCCAAGUUCUGAGUCCUCAGACUCAAAGGGCAGCUCCUCUAAGAGUACCAGAGUUAUAACCGUGCAGGAAUAUUUACAACGGCAGAAAGACAAACAUAUAAUAGGGAAUAAUGCUUCCAAAAACAUCUGUGUAGAGAAUGUGCCGUGUGACCCUGAUCCCGUGAAGUCCAGUAAGCAUUCUGCACCAGCAAGCUGGGGAAAGUUAAUUGAGGGGCAGGGUGUCAGUGCAGAGCCCUCAAAAGAACCAGAACGUAAUUCCUCCAGCCAUGGCAAAAAUCCCAAGGUCCACCAUUCUGAGGAGUUAAGGACAUACAGUGUGUCAAGAAAUAAAGGAAAAUUUGAUAGGAAGCAGCCAGACAAAGCCUAUAUUGAUAAAACCAAAUUAGAAAGAUUGACCAGUAUGAGUAAGUCCAGCCAGAUAUCUCUCCAGGUAAAGGAACAAAGGAAACAGUACCUGAACCGGGUUGCAUUUAAAUGCACAGAACGGGAAAGCAUUUGUCUCACUAAGUUGGACAGUGCAUCCAAGAAGUUUAGUAAAGAGAAAGAGAAGAGUAGGGCAUAUACACUUAUGACAAAAGAUGACACUGACAAACACAUGUUGGAGUUUAAAUUAUGUCCAGAUGUGCUGUUGAAGAAUACAAGCUCUGUUGACAAGCAGGAUGAGCCUGGGCCUGGGCCUGGGCAGGAUCAAGCACCUGUGCAAGUUUCAGGAAUAAAAACUACAAAAGAAGACUGGUUAAAAUGCAUCCCUACAAGGACAAAGAUGUCUGAAUCAAGUGAAGAAAUAGAUCGGGCUGAUUCAAGACUCUCUAAGAGAAGCUUCAGUGCAGAUGAAUUUGAAACGCUACAAAACCCAGUAAAAGACUCAAAUGUCAUGUUCCGGACCUACAAAAAAAUGUACUUGGAGAAGAGAAGCAGAAGCCUCGGGAGUAGUCCAGUGAAAUAGGCACAGGAUGUAGUGGUUUUACUUUACCACCCAGCUAUCUAACUUUUUCUUUUCAGGCUCCCUUGCUGGAAAUAACUCAGGACUUUCACAUUUGGAUUUCUCAGCCAAGGAGUUCAGUUACAGCUUAUGUCUUUCAUUGAUACUGUGUGACUGAAAUGUUGGAUUAGCUGCUGGUGAGCAGGCAAAGAAACAUUGCAUUUGUCUGGGAACUACAAAGUAUGUGAUCUUCUAUAUAGUUGAACCAUGUUUACUAUUUUAAGUCUUGUUGGCACAGUGGUGCACACCUGUGAUCCUAACAUUUGGCAGAUGGAGACAAGGGGAUCAAGAAUUGGUCAUCUUCAGCAGCAUAGUCCAUUGAGGUCAGUUUAGAUUACAUGAGAUCCUCUCUCCAAAAACAAAACAACGGCAACCAAAAAGAACGUGAAGGUGACUUACACAAAUCUUACUUUGAAAUGCUGUUAUGCUGACAUAACUAUUCAUUAGCUAAGGACUUAUUUGACUGGGACUGUAAAUAUAUUUUUGUUUCUAAUAAGCACAUUAGCAAAACUUAUUUUUCAGAAAAUACCCACUGUGAAUGUCAAAAGUAUAUUCCUAAGUAUUUUGUACCUUAUUGUAAAGGUUUUUUCAGAAGUCUUGUUUUAUACUUUUGUUAAACUGAAUGGAAUUUUUGGAAGAUGUCUUGACAUUACUUUUCAUACUUGAAAUAAACAUUUAUUUUUUAAAGAACUACA